UCGCAGGCUGAGGCGCCACUCUCUCCCUGCCCUUCGCGUCGGCCCUUUCUCUCCCCAGCACCUCGGCUGCUCAGCGGCGGCGGCGGCGGCGGCAGUCAGCGGCGUGAGGAGGCGGCCCCGAGGAUGAAGUGUAAGCCGAACCAGACGCGAACCUACGACCCGGAGGGGUUCAAGAAGCGGGCGGCGUGCCUGUGCUUCCGGAGCGAGCUCGAGGACGAGGUGCUGUUAGUGAGUAGCAGCCGGUACCCGGACCGCUGGAUCGUGCCGGGCGGGGGCAUGGAGCCCGAGGAGGAGCCGAGCGGUGCGGCGGUCCGAGAGGUGUACGAAGAGGCGGGAGUCAAGGGGAAGUUAGGCCGGCUCCUGGGCGUGUUCGAGCAGAACCAAGAUCGCAAGCACAGAACGUACGUGUAUGUCCUGACCGUCACUGAGCUGCUGGAGGAUUGGGAAGAUUCGGUUACCAUUGGGAGGAAGCGAGAGUGGUUCAAAAUCGAAGAUGCCAUCAAGGUUCUCCAGUGCCACAAGCCCGUGCAUGCCGAAUAUCUGGAAAAACUAAAGCUGGGCGGUUCCCCGACCAAUGGAAACUCCGUGGCCCCGACCCUGCCAGAUAGCGAUCCCUAAUGAACAGCAAAGAUGUUCGGGAUUGCUCUAAAAGAAUCAUUGGUGUGAACCUAGUGAUCAAUGGAAUUGUCAAGUACAGGUGAGCACUUGUGUGUUCCCAAGAAGACAGCUCAUCUGAUUUUCCUCCUGCGUCUUGGGACACUCCUUCCCUGUCUGUUCCACUGGCUCCUCUUGCUCUGGUUGUUGUACUAUUGUACGUGAACAGACUCUUAAUUCAGCACCUAUAGCCUUUUGUUGUGCUUUUUUGAUGUGUCUGCCUUCAUUGGACUAUGCUAUCUUUGAAAACAAAGACUAUUUUUCCUUACUCUUUGCAUAUCCUGCGUUUUAGACACUACUUGAAAUAUGGUUGGCGUCACUGAAGGUUCUUUGAUUCAGUUAAUAUUUUGUAAUCACCGUGUGGCAAAACAUUCCCCUUCUAAUCUGGUGCUAGUAGAGUAUAUGCUGUCUUGGCACCAUGUGUGUGGCUUUUGUGUAUCAGGUGUUUCAGAAACAUUUCAAGGCAGUUGUAAGAUGUUUCAGGACAAGAAUUAUUACUCAUAUUUCUAUGUCAUACCACACAGUGGCUAGCACAGUUUUAAGAUUAUGCCAUCACUUAGGGCAAUGUUUUGUAGAAUCAGUCCUUCGUAUAACAACUUCAGUGUUUUUGUACUGUUGAUAAUUUGCUUAAAAUUUUAGUGAAAAAAUAUUGCUUGCUAUGAAGGUAAUUGUAAAAAUAAAUACAACAAACUCAAAAUUGUGAGUUUUUAUAAAAAUUUUGAAAUGAUAUAUAAAUAAUAAAUUGCUUUUGCAAUGCCCUAACCACUUCUUACAUGUCAUCUUAACAUCUCUUUGAGGAAAACACUGCUUUUCUCAUUUUAGAUUCAAUAUUCUGUAUUAUUUGAUGCCAGAGCCAACAAAGACUGCACUAUAGGCAAUUUCCAAAGUUAAUUAUGCCAUUUAAUUUUCCUGCGUUUCUUUUGCCUCUGUUACGGAUUUAGUUGGCCACAGUUUUCAUCCCUUUUCCAGCACGCUCAUGUAGCUCCUCGUCCCACCUGGUUUCUGCAUGUGAGAAUGCAGAGGACUGAGAGAGAACUAAAUUGUUGUCACUUAGAAAAGGCAUUUGGGAAAGAGGCUGCUGUAAGAGGAGAACACAAAAUGAAGGAUUUAAAAAGAGAGGACCUGGGUCACCCGCCUCCAUGAGAACAACUAUAAGGAAAGGACGAAGUUGUUUAGAGGAAAUUUUAUGGAGUUUUGCCAUGGGGUGUAUGAUGUUAGCACUCUUCCCCAGUUCCUAACAAAGCUCCCAAAAUGGCUUUAAUAUGGUACUUUGUUUUAUUUUUCUUUUGCAUUAUAAAGCAAUUAUAACAAAAACGGCUUGGACUCCAUUCUCAUGUUAAACCCUUCUUCAUGGUAUCAGUGAAAUGUAUUGAUUGUGCUCCUAAAUCUUACAUAAUUUGAAAUAAAAACACAUCUUCCCAAUUUAUUGUAUUUUAGGAGUGAUAUGGUACUUUGGUUAUGUUUUUAAAAAAUUUCUUAUCUUUUAGAGAAAUGUACUAAAAAAUUUACAGAUGAGAUGAUAUGCUACUGGUAUUUGCUUCAAAAUAACCUGAGGUGGGGUAUGUGAGUGCAUAGAUGAAACAAGACUGGCUAUUAAUCGAUCAUUGUUGAAGCUGUGUGAUGGAUGUUUGAGAAUUCAUUAUACUCUUCUCUAUACUUUUCUAUAUGUUUGAAAUUUUCCAUAAUAAAAAUUGAAAAAAGU